CUUAUGUAGGUCUGUCAUUUUCUUCAGGAAAUGCCUGCCAUCAGUGUGACAACCAUCAUGCACACUGUCAAGUUUUUGGUUAUUGACACCGUUGGCCCUGAUCUUGAUGCAGUAAUUGGCUUCCUCAAGUGCUUCCCCUGCUUAGAGAGGCUGUAUAUCAUUUCACACCUACGGAAAGGAAUGAAAAAUGUGCGAAAAUAUGACCUGCUGGAUCCAAUUGAAUGCCUCACGCUCCAUCUCAAAAGCGUGGUCUUGCAGAACUACUGGGGCAACAAGCCAGAUGUGGACUUUGCCAAAUUUUUCAUCUUGAAUGCAAUGGUGCUAGAGCAAAUGAUAUUUAUAACCCUCAACAGCUGCAAUGAAAAAUGGAUGUCUGAUCAACAUAGGCGGCUGCAAGUGGACCACAGAGCUUCUCUACAUGCUCGAUUUGAAGUCAAAAGCUAUUUGAGUCGGCACUGGAUUGACUUCGCAGAUAGCAAGCAUACCCAUGAUUUAUCUGUGGCGAAUCCCUUUGCUGAUAGGUUCGAGAACCGCAUACUGGCCUUUGGCCUGACUUCUUUUGUAGUUUGAAGUUAUCCCACUCUUCUGAUUCUCUGUUCUGCUGUGCUUGAACGUUAUUUACAAUCUUUUCUGUUGAUGUCAUAUUGUAAGAUGUGUUAGCUGUUUACACCAUCAGCUAGCAGAUACUAUGCUUCUGUACUGCAUGUAAUGAAGGCAAGGCCUAUGAUAUUUCAGAUGUUUUAUUUCUUUUCUGCUGUGUUUGAGUGUUAUUUAUUACCUUCUCUGUAAUCUGUAUAGGCUGUAGUUUUUUUCUUUUCCUGUUCUUUUUUAUGUCAUACUGUAAGAUGUUCAUA